UCCAUUUCUCAUCAUCACUAUCAUAAGCCUAAUAGCCAAAACAUUCAAUAGAUCAAUCCCUUUUAUCUAUAUCACUUUGUAGCUCAAGAAUCAUAGCCAUGGGUGCCAUCACUUAUGAUAUGGAGAUUCCUUCUUCAAUCCCGGCCAACAAGAUGUUUAAGGCCCUCGUUCUCGAUGCAGACACCCUUAUUCCUAAGAUCAUGCCUCAGGCCAUCAAGAGUGUCGAGAUCCUGGAGGGAGACGGUGGCGUGGGAACCAUCAAGCUCGUCCAUUUUGGCGAAGGCAGCCAGUAUAAGAGCGUGAAGCACCGUGUCGAUGCUAUUGACAAGGAAAAUUUGACCCACAGCUACACCAUUGUGGAGGGUGAUGCUCUGGCGGGCGUUCUUGAAUCCAUUACUUAUCAUGUCAAGAUUGUGCCGACGGAAGAUGGAGGAUGCAUCUGCAAGAACAGGAGCAUUUACCACACCAAGGGAGAUGUUGAGAUUAACGAAGAGAAGAUCAAGGAAGGAAAGGAGAAGGCCGGGCAGAUGUUCAAGGCCAUUGAGGCUUACCUCCAUGCCAAUCCUGAUGCCUAAGAGCUGAAGAUGUAUGCAACCUGAGGCACUAAUAUUGCACUAUAUAUGUUAUGAUACUGUGUAAUUGGGUUUUCUGCCAUCAUGAAAAGAUGCACUGUGUUACUGAAUCAUUUCAAUAAAAGUGAGUGUUUUUUGGAUUUCUAUUAAA